AUGCCUUCUCAACGGCGACUACGACUGGCAGUCGUGGCAGUGAUUACGAUCCUGUUCCUGACAUUCUACUACUCCGGCGAAGCCAGCAAAAUCCAAAACCAAAAGUUCUAUCGAUCAACGGUCGAUGCCAUGAAAGCCAAGGAGGCAAAUCACGCCAAGACACAAGAGAAGAUUCAGAAUGCUAUGCACGCACCAGGAGGGUCGGGGGCUGGGACUGGCGCUGGCGCUGGAGCUGUAGCUGGAAACGGAGCCGGAGAUGGAACCCACGACGCCCCGGCGCCGAAAGUCGCUAUUCCGCCCGCAAACGACGAAACCGAGGAGAUCCCCAUCGCAGGACGGACGAAGAUGACCGUUCCAAAGAAAGGGACAGAAGUGAAGGAAGGAGGCGAAAGCGCUCAGAGUGAAGAAGACAAGGAGCGCGAAAUCAAGGAACAGAAAGAAGCUGAUGCCAAGAGCGAGUUGAAUGAUAUUCUCAAGAGAGCUCCUGGUAUGAUGGAUCCUGGCACCACGAAAGACACUACGAAAGAGGCGCUAACACACAUGACAGUUAUCAUCUUUUCCAAAUCCUACUGCCCGCACAGCAAGAGAGCCAAGACGAUUUUGCUGGAGCACUACGCUAUCCAGCCCAAGCCUUUCGUGGUGGAAUUGGAUCAACACCCGCUUGGUCCGUAUUUGCAGGCUUUGCUGGGUCAGAAGACGGGACGUCGCACUGUGCCGAAUGUGCUGGUGAGUGGGAAGAGUAUUGGUGGGGGAGAUGAUGUUGCGGCUUUGGAACAAAGCGACGAGCUGGCUUCGACGCUGAAAUCACUGGGUGGGAAGUGGAUCGUGGAUGUUGAACAUCUGGAAGUCGAGAAGGGGCUGUGA